AUUUAAUUUGUUUUGUGUUUUUUAAAUUUGUAAAAUUUCUUUAUUUAUUUAUUAAUUUGUUAAAUUAUGAAUAGUGAUGGUUAUAUUCCUCUUGAUUCCGACGUUACACCAGAAUCAGGAGAUAACCAGACGAAUCCACAUGUUAUAAAAAGCAUAUUCACUGCUGUUUUGUUACACUUGAUAAUUCUAGUUUCAUACAUAAUAAAACAUAUUAAAGAUAAAACAAACAAGUUGUUCCAUAUAGCAAUAGUUUUAAUACUAUACUUCCUCAAGUUAUAUACUCUGAGGAUUCUCAAUAAGUCCGACCCGGGUGUGAUUCCAUCUCACACUGGCUUGUCAGAAUAUUUGGAAACUAACGUUCAAGCCAAGUUAAUAAAUGUAAACGGCUACGAUUUUCUCCAGAAGUGGUGUCAAAAAUGUAAAAUCUACAGACCUCCUCGAGCCAAACACUGCUACAUUUGUAACAGAUGUAUACGCCGCUUUGAUCAUCACUGUUAUUUUCUGUCCAACUGUAUCGGACACAACAAUUACAAGAAAUUUGUUUUUUUCAUAUUCUUGAUCAUGGUCAUAAAGGAAUACUCCUUUGUGCUACUAUUCAAGAUCAUACAGAGCUUGUACAGUAAAAAAUUCAGUAUAUUACACAAGGACAUUUAUGUAUUUUUAUUCAAAAAUCAUUUUUUCCUCUUGAUUUACACACUAUACUCUUUGCUAUGCUCUUUGGCAUUUUUUUAUAUGAACGCUUUAAACAAAUAUUUAAUAUUGAAGAAUCUAACAACAUACGAAUACACAUAUAAACUGUAUGGAAAUCGGGAAAAUCCGUUUAAUAAAGGAAUCAUUAAAAAUUUCAAAUUGUUCAGUAAACUGCCAUUUUAACAAUUAAUUUAAUGUGAAUAUU